GUGUACGAGUCGACGUUACAGCACAGAGAAAGACAACCAAGUCAGACUUGAGACGUUUGGUUUCUGUUGGGUCUAAAUACCGAACUGGUCCACUUCCUGUUCCUGCCCCGCAACCCCUCCUUUUCGAAUGCAAUAAUUUUAAGUUACAUCAGGAGAACCCCAGAAAAUGACUGACCUACUCUCAAUUUAGUGUGUGCGUGCGUGCGUGCGCGCGCGUGCUCGUGUGUGCGAGUGUGCGUGUGUGUGUGUGUGUGUUUGUGUGGCACUUCCUCGCGCCAAGGAUCCGGACAGCCGCCCCUCCCUCCCCCCAAUCUAACCCCCCUUUCACCUUCCAGUCUGACUUCCCCGUCCACCUUCAGGCUCCUCCAUUGAGCUGCUCUCCUCGGCACAGCUGCCCAGACCGGACUUCCGCGUCAUGCCGACACACCUGAGGUCCAGUCCGGCUCUGAGGCAGGACGGUUUGCCUGGUCUGUGAGAGGAUCCAGUGGUUCCGUCCAGGAGGAGAGGAGGGCAUGCUCCCGCUCACAAAGAGGACAAGAAGAAGAAGAAGUAUAUAGGCUCACAUCCUCCGCAGCUUCAUGUUCGACCAGGCGGCCAUGGGCGAUCGGAACCACCGCUGUGGACCCAAGCCGCUGUGUCCGGACAGGCUGGACGCCAAAGGCCGGUCCCCGGUGCACAGCUCCUCCGACACCCCGGGGACCUCCUCGUCCACACCGACGUCUUCCAGCGAGGACGGCCACGACAAACUUUUAGGAGUGGACCCCGAGUACUGCCGGAGGAUCCUUGUGAGAGACGCCAAAGGAACCAUCAGGGAGAUCGUACUACCCAAGGGACUCGACCUGGACCGGCCUAAGCGCACACGGACUUCUUUCACGGCCGAGCAGCUGUAUCGUCUGGAGCUGGAGUUCCAGCGGUGCCAGUAUGUUGUGGGCCGCGAACGAACUGAACUUGCCCGCCAACUGAACUUGUCUGAGACCCAGGUCAAGGUGUGGUUCCAAAACCGUCGGACCAAGCAGAAGAAGGACACCACCAAGGAUUCGGACAAACGCUGCUCCUCUUCAUCCGAGUCUUUGGCCACCUGCAACAUCCUGCGUUUGCUGGAGCAGGGCCGCCUCCUGUCGGGCCCGGCUCCGCCCCCUAACCCGCUCCUAGGGCCCCAGCCACACCCGGCCAAUGGCGUUCUGCUGAGCAGUCCCAUCGGUGGCUCCUCAGCUUCCCCCGGUCUCAGCGGAAGCAGUCCCUCCAGCUCCCUCCCGGGGGCCGCCUAUGGGUUGUCGCUGCCCCCGCUGGGCGGCACCCCGGUUUCCCCACGACUAGCCGUCCCACCACCGCAUUCCCUCUGCUUCUCCAUGCCUCUGCUGGGCGGAGCACAUCACGAACUGACCUCCGCCUACAGCUGCGGGUCUUCGGCCUUUGAGCCGUACCUUAGGAUGGACAGGAAGGAGACGGAUCUGGGCGGCAAGAAAACAGUUUCCUAAAAUGACUUCCGAGUUACGGCAAGUACACUACACGAUGAUGGCGGCCGAGCGCUGACCGGGGCAUCAUGUGACUGUCAGAUGAUGAAAAAAACAAACAAAAAAAACAAACUUGAUGGCACGUUGACACACUCGCGAUGGUGUUUUAUGUGUGUGUGUGUGUGUGUCAGGGUGAAAAGAACCAGAAUGCAAUCCAGGACAGAAUCAAAUGUUUUGAUGCUGUCCCAAUAUGGAUGGAAAAAAGUAAGCGUAGCAUUUAAGUGUGUUAUUUAAAAUGUUUGUGGUCCAGCA